UAUCGAAAAUUUCAAGUUUCUAUUCGAUAGCUUCUUCAUCAAUAUCAUCCAAAUGCCCAAUUCAGUUUCAAAUUAGACUACUUGAAUUGGACCGACCUUGAAAACAAAAUGGCGUUUUUUUAUCUGAAUAAUCCAAAAGGGUUUAAGGUUUCUCUUCUUCCUCAUUUUCCGAAGUCCUGACUAGGGUUUUGCCUCUAUACAUUCUUUCCGCUGACAGCCUUCUCCAUGACUAUCUAUCGCUUCCUCCUCCGUUCCGUCCGCCGCUAUUCCACCACCUCCUUCCAAACCCCCGUUUUCAACACCUCCACUCAGACGCUAAACCACCGCAUAGAUACUCAAUCCCCCUUCCAAUCCUCCUCCGCUGUCGCCGCCGACAUCAACCCCUGUCAAUCCCCCAUUUCCACCACUAAUACUACUACCUCAAAUAUCUUAAAUAAUCAGUUUCGAACUACUUCCUCAUCGUCUACACCUGUACGCUCCUACGGCUUCUCCUCCGCCGAGGAGGCAGCUGCUGAGCGUCGUCGCCGCAAGCGCCGCGUACGCAUUGAGCCCCCACUCUAUGCCUUGCGCUCCAAUCCCGCCCCACCAAAACCCAACGACCCCAAUAAGCCUCGUCUCCCCGACUCUACCUCUUCCCUUGUUGGUUCUCGCCUCAACCUCCACAACCGUGUCCAGUCCCUCAUCCGCGCCGACGACCUUGAUUCGGCCUCGUACAUAGCCCGCCAGUCUGUGUUCCAAUCGCCCCGUCCCACGGUCUUCACCUGCAACGCGAUCAUUGCUGCCAUGUAUCGCGCCAAGCGCUAUGACUAUGCCAAAGCCCUCUUCCAAUACUUUUUUAAUCAGUUCGAUGUUAUUCCAAAUAUUGUUUCCUACAACAACAUCAUUGGAUGCCAUUGCGAGUCCAAUGAUAUUGAGGAGGCAUUAAAAGUUUAUAAUCACAUUCUUGAGAACGCCCCUUAUGCACCAUCAGCCGUCACUUAUCGGCAUCUCACCAAGGGGCUGAUUGAUGCUGGACGAGUAAAUGAUGCAGUGGGUUUGCUCCGUGAAAUGUUGCAUAAGGGUCACGCAGCUGAUUCUUUGGUUUAUAAUAAUUUGAUUCUUGGGUAUUUGAACCUGGGAAAUUUAGAGAAAGCAAAUGAGUUGUUUGAUGAGUUGAAGGAGCGGUGCUCUGUUUAUGACGGGGUUGUAAAUGCAACCUUCAUGGAUUGGUUCUUCAAACAGGGGAAGCCAAAGGAGGCGAUGGAGUCGUAUAGGGAUUUGAUGGAUAGGAAUUACAGGAUGGUGCCUGCACAGCGAAACGUGCUUUUAGAGACAUUGUUGAGGCAUGGAAGGAAGAAAGAGGCUUUGAAUUUGUUCGAUGACAUGUUGGACGAUCACACCCCGCCGUCAUUUCUGGCAGUAAAUUCAGACACAUUCAAUAUGAUGGUUAAUGAGUGCUUCAAGGAUGGAAAUGUUGCAAUGGCAAUGGAGGUAUUCAAGAGGGUCGGGAAGGCGGUAAAGUCGAAGCCUUUUUUGAUGGAUGUGGCAGGGUAUAACAAUAUGAUGGCAAGGUUGUGCGAGCUUGACAUGAUCGAUGAGGCGGAGGAGUAUUAUAGGCAGCUGAGUGCGAAAUCAAUGUCUCUAAGUGUGAAUACUUACAAAAUAAUGAUUGAUGCUUAUAUGAGAGUGGAUAGAAUUGAGGAAAUGUUGGAUAAGUAUUCAAAGAUGGUUGAGUCCGGGUUUAGGGUUAUUCCAGCAUAUGCGAAUGAGUUGUUUGGUUUCUUGAUUGAGAAGGGUCGAGUUCUUGACUGUUUACCGAUUUUGUCGAAAAUGGGUAAUAAAGAACCGAGACCUGAUUUUACAACCUACAAUGUUGUAAUUAGGGGCCUAAUUGAGGGAGGCAAUUAUGAUGCCACUGUUAAUUUGCUCAGUCAGAUGAUGAACUGUGGUGUUGAUACUACUGUCUCACUCGAGGAAUUUGUGUUGGAUGUUUUUGAGAAACAAGGACGACGAAUGGAGGUUGAGAACAUUUUCAAUAGAAAAUCGAGUCCAUUUCCACCUCAGAGGCUAUUUCCUGGAUCCCGAGGCUCCACACAGACAAUGGGGCCUCCUCAAAUGCCAGAACAGGGAAGAUGGAAUCCUUCAAUGCAAUGGCAGACAAAUUUCCCCCCAAACACUUAAUACCACAAAUGAUGAAACAAAAAAUGGCUCAUUCAAGUCCAUCCUGAGAACGGGAGGUAGAAUUCACUUGCAUGGCAUGAUAGCAUGCGGCUUAAUUCAUACACGGACAACCAGUGUUGAAUUGGUUUUCUUUCCUUAUCAUAUUUCUAAUAGGGUAUUGAAGGUACACACUGAGCAUCUAUUUUUUUGCUGCCAACUGAGUUGGUGAAUUCAUCUGAAUAUAAUCACGAAAAUUGUUUUUAGGAGCUACUUGAGGGACAUAUUGGAUGAUUCCAAAAUAUCUGUAAUCAAGAAUGGUUUAUAAUGAUUAAAUAUCUUUUG